AUGAAAGAUGAAAGCCUGCAGCAGAGCUUGAAGGAGUUCCUGAUACGCCUCAAGAAUGCUGCUUAUGAUGCUGAUGACUUAUUGGAUGAAUUCCAAUACAGAAUUUUGAAGCAACAGAUUGAGCAGCAAGGAAAUGAAGCUGGUAACCGAGCAUCGUCUUCCUCCAACUCUGCUCCCCCUCCGAGCAAAAGGACAAAAACUUCAUUUUCUAGUUACAACAGUGGCCUUUUCAGAAAAGGAGAUGAUAAUGAUGAUGAUGUGCAGAGAAUCAGGAAAAUAAAGGGGAGGCUAGAUGACAACUCAGUUGCUCUUGAGAAAAUUUACAGUUCGCUAAGCGCAGAAGAUGAUAGAGGAAAGAAACAAUUGGUGUCCUGGGAUAGCCGGCAAACGAGCUGCUUUUCGACCGAACCUCAAUUGUUUGGCAGAGACAAAGACCUGCAAGAACUCAAGGAUUUGUUAUUGAAACGAGAAAUUGCAUCUAAAUUUGGCCAAAGUGGAUUCUCUGUUUUGUCUAUUGCUGGUAUUGGAGGGAUUGGAAAGACCACUCUGGCUCAGGAAGUCUUCAAUGACAGUAGCGUGAAAGAAUACUUUAAGCUCAGAAUUUGGAUUUGUGUUUCUGAAAAUUAUUCCACAGAUAGAUUGACUAGAGAGAUUAUAGAGUAUGCAACCAAGAAGAAGUGUGAUCUCCCGAAUUUCGCUGCUCUUCAAGAGGUUCUCAAGGAGAAGAUCACGCCAGAGAGAGUUCUUCUUGUAUUGGACGAUGUGUGGAACGAGGACAGGCACAAAUGGGAGAGCUUCUGUGCACCAUUGAGGUCUGGAAAGCCUGGUAGCAAGAUAUUGGUAACAACUCGCUCUAGGAAGAUUGCUAACAUGGUUGGUGAUGUGGAUCCCAUUUAUCUAGAAGGUCUGGAUGAGGAAAGCUUCUGGGAAUUUUUCAAGAAAUGUGCAUUCGGUUCUUCAAAUAGUGGCAUUCAUCAUCCUCAUUUAGAAGCCUUGGCGAAGAAGAUGACUUACAAGUUAGAGGGAUUGCCGCUUGCAGCAAAGACUCUAGGAGGGUUGUUGAGCAUGAAGUUGGAUGAGCAAUACUGGAAAAGCAUUUUAGAUAGUGAAAUAUGGCAGCUUCCCCAAGAAGAAAAUGGGACUAUGCCAGUGCUACAACUGAGCUAUCAAUAUCUUCCUCCUCAUCUCAAGCAAUGCUUUGCAUUUUGCUCCUUGUUUCCUAAAGAUUAUAAGUUUUCUGAAUCUGAAUUGAUCAGUUUUUGGAUAGCAGAAGGAUUCAUAGUGCCUCAAGGAAGUACCCGAAUGGAGGAGUUAGGAAGCAAUUACUUUCAUGAGUUAGUUAACAGGUCAUUCUUUCAAAAGUCAAAGGAUGAAAAAUUUAUAAUGCAUGGCCUCAUACAUGAUCUUGCAGAACUCAUAUCUGUGGGUGAGUCCUACAGGAUUGAAAAAGGCAAAUCUCAUGAAAUUCUUAGCACAAUUCGCCAUCUUUUAGUGCACGAAGAGGAAGAAGGUACGCAGACAAGACGUUUAACAGAAUUCUCUCAUUGCAAUAAAUUACGAACGCUAAUGUUGUCAGUACCAUACAAAUGCAAGAGCUUUAUUCUUGAUUGUUGUGUUUUGCAAAAAUUAAAAAGGAUUCGUGUUCUUGUCUUGAAGAAUUGUGCUUUGGAAGAGAUGCCUGAUAGUAUUGUCAAGUUGAUACAUCUCCGCUCUCUUAACCUAUCCUGCAAUUUCAAGAUUCGAAGGUUAUCUGAGUCAUUAUGUGACUUGUACAAUCUGCAGUCAUUGAUAUUAAACCAUUGUGCUUUGGAAGAGUUGCCUAAUAAUAUUGGCAAGUUGAUACAUCUCUACUAUCUUGACUUAGAAUGUAAUAAGGAGAUUAGAAGGUUGCCUGAGUCAUUAUGUGACCUAUACAAUUUGCAGACAUUGAUAAUAUCUGGUUGUGGUAAAUUAGAAAGUCUUCCGCAUGGCAUGAUAAAAUUGAUCAACUUGAAGAUACUUGAUGGAGCAGAUAAGUUUAUUCCUGAGAUAACAGAGGUUGGGAAGCUUACUUCUCUUCAGAAUUUGUCUGCUUUCAAAGUGCUAAAGAAAAAUGAACACAAACUUGCUGAAUUAAACAGUUUGAAACAGCUCCGAGGAGCACUGUGCAUAACCAAUCUUGAGAAUGUGGAGAACAAAGAUGAAGCAAAUAUUGCUAACUUGAAGAGUAAAGAGCACCUCAAUCACUUGGAGCUAGAAUGGACAUUUUCACAAGAAUCCGGUUCAGAAGUUAAUUUGCAAAUCUCAGAGCAGGUGCUUGAAGGUCUUCGGCCGCAUCACAACCUACAAAGGCUGACAAUUAGAGGAUACAAUGGUGCUAGACCUCCCAAUUGGCUAAAUGAACAAGUGUAUUCGAGAUUGGAAGCUCUCGAACUUGUAAAUUGUAGAAGGUGGAAUGAGCUAUCAGUUAUUGGGCAGCUAUCACAAUUAAAGUCCCUCUCCCUGGUGAGAAUUCCAGUCCAGAUCCAUAAUUUACAUAAAUUGUUCGAUCCAAAAGACUGCAAGUUCUUCUCCCAACUAGAAGUUUUGGAACUAAAGGGCAUUACCAUGUUGAAGGAUCUCCCAAAUCUUGGACAACUUCCAUGUCUUGAGUCUCUUGACAUUCGGAGUUUGCCGGGAGUGAAAAUGAUAGGCGAUAGAUUCUUUGCGACAACAGAAGAAGGCACUUGUUUUCCUAGAUUAGGUUUUCUCCAUUUCGAUGAAAUGCCUGCAUGGGAGGAGUUAUAUUGCUCCGAUGAUAGAAAUCUAUUUCCCUACUUGAAGGGCCUUGAGAUUUCAAAUUGCCAAAGGCUGCAGAUGUUACCGCCCCUUCCUCCUUCAAUAACAUGGCUAAAAUUAAAUAAGGUUGGGCUGGUAGAUUGUCCAAGAUUCUGGAAAGCAGAUGAAAAUAGCAACAUAACUAAUUCUGCAUCUGUUACAAAUUUGUCCAUUCAGGAAUGUCCAAAUUUGACAAGUCUAGAAGAAGCUUUGCUAGCACACCAUCUACAGCAGAUUCAUAUACAGAAAUGUGAACAACUGUUGUGGGUGUCAGUCAAAAGGUUGACAGAACUCACCUCUUUAUGUUCGUUGUCAAUAACAGAGUGCCCAAAGCUCAUGAGCAUGACACAAGAUGAGUACAUUGAUUUCCAACUCCCACCAUCAAUCACACAACUAUGUUUGUCUGAUUGCGGAAAUCUUUCCAAAUCACUGCCUGGCUGCCUUCGUAACCUGACCUCAUUGCAUGACUUGAAGAUAAGCAAUUGUCCCAAUCUAGUUUCUUUACCAGUAGAACCAUUGCUGAAUUUGGCUCGUGUAACAAUUAAGAAUUGCAAUGAAUUGAGAUCAGUAGAAGGGCUAGGAGUAAAAUCCCUCCAGAACUUGAAGAUUAAAGGAUGUCCUAAGCUUCUUCUUUCUCAAGGAGAGGCACAAACAAAGAAAUUGUUGGUGUUGCGCUUAGAGAUUGAUGACACAUCUCUCAUAAAAAAUUUAAUAUCCUCUGUCACAGAACUUAGAAUCUCAUCCUCAUGUGAAGCCGCGAUGUUUGAGGGGCAAGGUCAGGAGUCAUUGCAAAGCUUGACAUCUCUCGAUUUAUUAAGUUUCUCCAAUUGCAAGAAUCUACAAUUCCUGCCAACAAAGUUGUACACCCUUACGUCCCUUCGUUACUUGUGGAUACAUAAUUGCCCACAAAUUCAGUCUCUACCAGAGAAGGGGUUACCUUCUGCCCUCAGAGAUCUAAAAUUUGAAGGUUGUCAUCUGGCACUGCAGCAGAAGUUGGAAAGGCACUUGUCGGAGAUUAAGAAGUUUGGCGGAGUUAUUUGAAAAAUGUGAACCAGGUAACAUUAACUGGGUCAGUUCCACGGAAAUUUUCCAUUAGUCACUUAAAUCGGGAAGCAAUCUUUCAUAUGCGUCGUAGCUAGGAAUCGAACCGCAGGUGUCUGGAUGACAACUUGACGCCCUUGCACUGUAAUGUAGUUACGUGGAGGUAAAAUUACGACAGUAUUUAUUUUCUUCAGUAGAGUAAUUAUAC